UCAUUCUCCGAAAAGCAGAAGAAAUUUCAAGCUUCACUUAUUAUUUAGACUCCUAUUUGGGUCAUUAAAGCUCCUCAGUGAUUGAUCCCCUUUAUCAGUGCUCAAUAUAGAGGAAGGUUCAACCCAGUUCUUUCGGCGAAUCACCUCGAGGAGAUUUCCUUCUCGCCCAAAACUCAGUUCUCGGAUCGAUUAGAUCACUGAAUAGGAUGGCUUCCCCGAGCCUUUCGGACGUGUACUACGCCUGUGAUUAUGUGAUUGGAAAAACAUUGCUUUCGACUUAUAUUACUCUAGAAAACGCCUCCCAGGUGGAGCAAAAUACAGAAGGGAGGGUCCUUGAGGACAAAGUCAACCAGUUCCUAGAGAGGUUCGACUAUAGAAGAGCACUUCAAAGCCUGAAAAAUGAGUGCACCUUCCCAAGCGAGAAUGUUCAGUAUGAUUUCAGGAAAGACUUCUUUCGGGCGUUUGGCUUUCUGCAUCGCACAAAGCCAGAAGAACUUUAUAAAACCAUUACAGAGAACUGCAUCAUUCCAGAGAUCCAAGAUCUUGACGCAGAGAGACCUGAGGCUCACGCGGGGACCCUGCGAAGUGCAUCAAGCUCUAACCAUCGCGACGAAAAUUCGCCCCCGCCGUACUCCUAUGUGAGGACGGAGUCUGAGCAGACAAACAUCGAACUGCACCUUCCAGAACGAUCCAGUGUUGAGAUCUGGAGGUACACCUCUCGUUUGUGGGAAGAAGUCCAGUGCUGUAAUGAAGUACCUGAGGUCUAUGAUGAAAUGAUAAGCAGCUAUCCGACUCGAUUUAGAUGCGCGGUGAAGUUUCGUGGAAGGCAAGGCAGAGGAGAAGCUUCUAGCAAGAAACAAGCAAAGCACAUUGCUUCGAAAGACGUCUGCGAGCAACUGGGAAUUCACCUGUGA